CCAGCUAGCAAGACAUGAGCCACCUCCACCCCGGCGGCCGCCGCAGCGCGCGCCUCUGCUCCCAGAUCCACGCGAGCGACGAGGGCGCCCGGCUGGCCAGCCCACGAAGCGCGAGUCUCCGUCCCCAAAUCGACGCCGAUGAGGAUGGCACCGGAGUGACCAGCCACCGCCGCAGCACGCGCCGGAGCACCCAGAUCCAGGCGAGCGAGGUGGGCGAACAAGUGACCCGCCUCUGCCGCGGUAAGCGCCUCCGCCCGCAGACUCACGCGAGGGAGGUGGGCGACGGCACCUCGCCGGAGCCGCCUGCCUCACCGAUUGAAGAUGAGGAUCUCCCUCCGCCUCCCCCUGGACCUUCACUCACUCUCCCGCGCAUCCGCCGUCUGCAAGCCGUGGCGAGGCAUCGUCGUCGAUCACAAGUUCGUCCACCGGUUUUAUGCACGCCAUCGUAAGCCGCCCCUCCUCGGAUUCUUCCAGCACGGCGACCAUGAGAUCAGGUUCACCCCCGUCUGCUUGCCCCCCGCUCCCGACCGCAUCCUACCCGGGAGCUACUCCCUUGGACAACGCUACAGCAACUCCGAGGUGAGGGAGGUGCUGGAUUCCCGCCGCGUCCUCCUCACCAGCUGGGUCAUCAUCGACGGCUGGGUGCGUGAAGAGGUUGUUGUGUAUGAUCCUAUCACCAGCAAGCAGCAGCAUCGCGUGUCCAUUCCGCUGGGGUUUAGGAGAAUUGGUGGCUUGGUCAAUGGGGCAGUGUUCUGCGCCGCUGCCGCCCGUGAUCACGUGCACGACAACCGCCGCUCAUGCCCCUUCAAGGUGGUCUUGUUGUCCCACAGAAAAUGUAAGCAUCCAUACGCCUGCGUUUAUUCCUCCGAGACUGACACAUGGAGCAAUAUCAUCUCAACAGAGGCUCCAGAUGAUACUCCUUUUGGUGUUUCUCCUAGCACCCUUAUAGGUAAUGCCCUUUACUGGCCGGCUAAGCAUAAGGGAGAUAGCAUUCUUCAGUUUGAUUUGGGGACGCAGAACCUUGCUGUCAUAAAGGGGCCUCCUGGUAUGAACAUGGAUGAUUUCGACAACUUUCAUAUCAUUCAGGCAGAGGAUGGCGCUGUUGGUCUUGCUGCGUUGUCUCACAUUGAGCUUCAAAUGUGGGAGAGGAAGGUUGAUUGUCCAGGUGUUGCCAUAUGGUUAUUGCAGAAGACUGUUUCAUUGAGUAAACUUCUUAAGGUCCCUCCUCGGACUGAGCAGAGUUACGAAUCACUUAAAGUGGUGGGGUAUGAUGAGGAUAAUAAUGUAAUCUUAUUGGCUAGGCACGACGGCGUCUAUAUGGUUCAGCCCAAGUUAUUGCAAGCCAGGAAACUUAAUGGAACCGGUUCUACACAUUAUUGUUAUACUUUUACGAGUUUCUAUCCACUAGGCAGAACCAUUGAUGGUGGAACCAAUGGAGCUGACAAUGUCAGGAUGACUCUGGCUUGAUGUGGUAAUUUUCUGAAACGGGUCAACAGCUGAAGAAGGGAUGCUGCAGUUGUUAGUUGUCGCCAAGUUUGUUGCAUCGCAUCCAUGUGGCCGACAGUGUUUAUAUGUAAUCUGAAAAAUCUGUUGUGCGCACACUUUAUUCUAGGCAAGUAUUUAUUGUAUUAUGCUUUUGAAUACCUAAUCCGGGGAAUUUCAGCUUAUUACC